AUGGAAAUCCUAAUGACAGUUUCUAAAUUUGCCUCUUUUUGUACCAUGGGCGCCAAUGCCUCCGCUUUGGAGAAAGAGAUUGGCUCGGAGCAGUUCCCUGUUAACGAGCAUUACUUUGGAUUGGUCAAUUUUGGGAACACCUGCUACUGUAACUCAGUGCUGCAAGCCCUCUAUUUCUGCCGUCCGUUUCGGGAGAAGAUCCUGGCAUACAGGAGCCAGCCACGGCGCAAAGAGAACCUGCUCACCUGCCUGGCGGACCUGUUCCACAGCAUUGCCAACCAGAAAAGGAAAGUGGGUGUCAUUCCUCCCAAGAAGUUCAUCACGCGACUACGCAAGGAGAAUGAGCUGUUUGAUAACUACAUGCAGCAGGAUGCCCACGAGUUCCUCAACUACCUGCUGAACACCAUCGCAGACCUGCUGCAGGAAGAGAGGAAGCAAGACAAGCAGAACGGCAAACUGGCCAACGGCACGCUCGACUCCCAGAACAACAACAGCGCCCCGCCCUCUUCCACGUGGGUGCACGAAAUCUUCCAGGGCACGCUGACCAAUGAGACGCGCUGCCUCACCUGCGAGACGGUAAGCAGCAAAGACGAGGACUUCUUGGAUUUGUCCGUCGACGUUGAACAGAACACGUCAAUCACGCACUGCCUGAGGGGUUUCAGUAACACAGAGACCCUGUGCAGUGAAUAUAAAUACUACUGUGAGGAAUGUAGGAGUAAGCAGGAGGCGCACAAAAGGAUGCGGGUGAAAAAGUUACCCAUGAUCCUGGCCCUCCACCUGAAGAGGUUUAAAUACAUGGAGCAGCUACAACGCUACACUAAACUGAGCUACCGCGUGGUUUUCCCCCUGGAGCUGCGUCUCUUCAACACCUCCGGAGACGCCACCAAUCCCGAGAGGCUUUACGACCUGGUCGCCGUGGUGGUGCACUGUGGGAGCGGCCCAAACAGAGGACACUACAUUGCCAUCGUGAAGAGUCACGACUUCUGGCUGCUUUUUGACGACGACAUCGUAGAGAAAAUUGACGCACAGGCGAUUGAAGAGUUCUACGGGCUCACGUCGGAUAUAUCCAAGAACUCCGAGUCGGGAUACAUCCUGUUCUACCAGUCGAGAGACUGAGCGCGCUCACAGUGGGACUCCCCCUAGUGGCCGUGUGGAGAAACAGCCCUGCCUGCAUCCCCACCAGUGCAGACUGGCGCAGUCACUGCAGCUGUGUUGCAGCCCCUCUUCCCUGUACCUCCUCUCC